CGGGACGAGUUUCCUUCCGGGUCAAAAUAGGCAUCUUGAACAGGUUGGUGAAGGUGUUUGCUCGGCUGGGAAAUUUGGCUGCACCGGCUCCAGGUGACCGCGGUUUCGGUGAUGAGCUCCCAGAAGGGCAACGUGGCUCGUUCCAGGCCUCAGAAGCACCAGAAUACGUUUAGCUUCAAAAACGACAAGUUUGACAAGAGCGUUCUGACCAAGAAAAUUAAUGCAAAACUUCAUGAUGGAGUAUGUCAGCACUGUAAAGAAGUUCUUGAAUGGCGUGUAAAAUACAGCAAAUACAAACCACUAUCAAAACCUAAGAAAUGCGUUAAAUGUUUACAGAAGACUGUGAAAGAUUCUUACCACAUAAUUUGUAGACCAUGUGCUUGUGAACUAGAAGUUUGUGCAAAAUGUGGAAAGAAAGAAGACAUUGUUAUUCCGUUUAAUAAAGAACCAGAAAGGACAGAGAAUGGUGAAAAUGAUCAAAGCUCUCAUAGAAGAAACUGCAAAAGAAAUGAUGAAAGUGAUGAUGAUUCAGAUUUUACUGGAGACUUAGAUGACACAGCUGCUCACCCCACAGUGAACUAAUGUAACUACCAAGUAACGUUGAGAGUGGGAAAUUCCAGCCCACUAGUAAUUAGGCUUUCAACAAAAAUACUGUGAAGUCCUAAUGAGGAAGUAGAAAUUAAACUACCUAAAUAAGCCAAAUUUAUCUAUCAACUAUAUCAAUUGUAUAUAUAAAGUUUGAAUAAUUAGGAAACUUUUAUCCAGAUUUUCUUGUAGCAAAUACUAGAAAGUUAGCUAAAAUGAAUAUUGAAUAAAUGAGUAUUACUUAAAAUUAUGUACUAUUGAAUAUCAAGCCAAAUGAUUCCGAAUUGUUUAUAUCAGAACCGUUUUAUAAAAUGACACUUGAUAGCUAGUCUUAAAAUUAAUCAUGGUGAGUGCCUUUUGAUAGGUCAAUAUCACAUUAGUGCCUUUUAUAGCAAAGCCUCUCCUUUACAUAAAUUUACCUGUUACAAAAAAAUUUCAAUAAUGUUCAGCAAAUGUCUAGCAAUUGCUCUUUGAACAUAUCUCUGUAUUCCUCUUUACAAUGUUUUCCCUUUUGCCUCUUGUGAAAUAUCCAUCCA